CACCAGUGUGAGUUGACUCGUACACGCUCAAAUCUGGGCAAAGAAAGAAGCAGCAAAGAUCGCCGCAUUUGUGCAUUGACAGCUCUCGUAAUGCCAAUCCACUCUCGCUGGACCAUUCCCCUUCCCGUGGAAUCUCUCCAAUCUCACCUCUUCAAGUCCGAAACCUCUCCCCUACCACAGAAACACGCGUUUCUAGAUGCUGAGAAACCGGAUACGCAUUUCUUGACCUACGACAGCUUCCGGCUGUUUUGUCUCCGAUUUGCGGCGGGGUUACGAAAAGCUGGACUCCAAGGAGGAGAUAGAGUCUUGUUGUUUUCCGGCAACAAUGUUCUCUUCCCAGUGGUGUUUAUAGGGAUCGUGAUGGCGGGUGGUGUAUUCACGGGCGCAAAUCCAGGAUUCGUGGAGAGAGAGUUGGCGUACCAGCUGAAAGAUAGCGGGGCAAAAUUCCUCCUUUGUUCUGAUGCUGAGGGACGACUCGAACUCGGAAUCAACGCUGCGGAAAGCGUGGGUAUGAGUAAAGAGCAAGUCUUCCGCUUCGAUGAUGGGUUCUUUGAAGGGAAGACGGAAGGACGAUUGGGUGUCAAGGACUGGACAAGCCUUUUGGUCAGCGAGCAAGAAGGAAAGAGAUUCAAGUGGGCGAGUGUGAACGAUCCCAAGGAUGAGACUAUGUGUCUGAAUUACAGCUCGGGGACGACUGGUGUACCAAAAGGUGUAAUGGUUACACACUACAAUUACAUCAGUAACUGUAUCCAGUAUCAAUACCUGGCCGAACAGUACCCGGACUACGAGGAGAGGACAAAAGCUGCAGUUUGGCUGUGUCCGCUGCCUAUGUAUCAUGCAAUGGCCCAAACCAUUUUCAUUGCCGGGAGCAUAAAAAGAAAAAUUCCUGUUUACAUUAUGAAGAAGUUUGAUUUCGUUCAAUGGCUUGAAGCAAUCCAGAAGUACCGAGUCACUGGACUUCCAAUGGUUCCUCCGCUGGUGGCCUUGGCCAAAUCGCCAUUGACUAAAGAAUACGAUCUUAGCUCCGUUAGAGAGAUCGGUUCGGGUGCGGCUCCCCUCAGUGGUGAUGUAAUUGAAGAGUGUGAAGCAUUAUGGCCCACGCGUGAUCGAUAUCUUAGGCAAGGAUGGGGAAUGACUGAAGUUACUUGUUCACUGCUGGGCUGGGAUCCUACCCUACCAGGUAUCCACGAUUCGGUCGGAGAACUGAAUGCCAACUGCUCUGCCAAGAUUAUGGACAUUGAUGGCAAGAAUGAAGUCCCAAGGGGAGAAAGAGGCGAAAUCUGGGUUCAAGCUCCGAAUGUCAUGAAAGGCUACUGGCGAAACCUAAAUGCCACCAGCGAAGUUUUCGUCGAUGAUCCAGACGGUCGAUGGAUGAAGACUGGCGAUAUCGCAUACGUCGACAAAGACGGACAUUUCUUCAUCGUCGACAGAAUGAAGGAGCUCAUCAAAGUCAAAGGUCUGCAAGUGGCUCCUGCCGAACUCGAGGGUGUAUUGCUGGAGCAUCUUGAUAUUGCUGAUGCAGGCGUGGUCGGUGUAACGAUCAAAGGAGAGGAGGUUCCGAGAGCGUAUGUUGUUAGGAAAGAGGGGUCGAAGACGACUGAAAAAGAGGUUGCGGAAUGGCUGGCGACUCGAGUGAGUAAGCACAAGAGAGUUGUCGGCGGGGUUGUUUUUGUGGAGAAUGUCCCUAAGAAUCCAUCGGGCAAGAUUUUAAGAAAACUUUUGAGAGAGCAAGCGAAAGAGGAGGUUGGCGACAAGGACGCCGUCAAGGCGAAGCUUUAGGAAGUACGAUGGUGGACGAAUUUUGAACUUGUGAAGUCGCAAACGAUAAAUUCUAGCUAGAUGAACGGCUAUAGAGAGUAGAGAGAGCUAAGAUUAUCUAGAUAGAAACUCGAUGAAUUUUGGUCAUGAGCUUUUCUUCCAUUUUUUCGUGCGAUCGGGUGCGAUUCAACGGAUUCCCAACCCAUAGUUCACCUUGACUUGCUGAAACCCAAUCCCGCUUCA